AUGGAAAACAAGAUUGCUACAUCUGUGAGAUGUCUGUUCCCUGAAAUUAAUAGAUCGCCCACACAAUGUCACAUCAAGCUGGAGUCUACGACACCAGAAAAGAGUGUGUCUCGAUUCAACGUCAUCGACAUCAUCAAGAAAGAUGAGACGGAGAACAGCGACAGCUCAGAUGACAGCGGUACAGAUGCGCUCCAUACUACAUUUGAGGAUGCGGAGGGAAAUAUCAAAUCAGAAUACAAUGCUAAUGAGGCAACAACAAAUGGCAGUGAAUCCAUAAAUCAUGAUGUGAUAGGAGCAAAGCAUUCACCAGAAGAACUCACAGCAGUACCAGCAACAGUGAUCAAGGAGUACCCGAGUCCUUCCUUUUAUUACCCAGGGGGCUAUGUUCCUCGUUCGACUUUCAACCCAAUGUAUCCAAUGUUUCUUCCUGGACCGUACCCCACUGCCUUCCCGGGGUCCUUGCCGUCUCAAUUCUUCCCACACACGAUGUCACAGAUCCCUCCUGUGCCCCAAACUGCAACAGCGUCCACCAUCGACAAGCAGAGGGUGCAAGUUCAUUAUGAUGACAGUGACACCAGUGACCAUACUCAUCGCAGUCCCAGUCCUGCCGCCAGUACCACAUCCAGUGGUGUCUAUAGCGACUCCGUCCCGAGUCCCACCAGCUCCACCCAUCGUGUUACGUCCCCUGCGAUCGAAGCUGUAGCCCCACAGAAGAAUGUCCGCGUCACCUCAGUACGCACCAGUUACAGUCAGAGACAGGUUCGGGUCAUGGAGAAAGCCUUCUCAGAGAGCAGAUAUCCGGACUACGAGGUGUUUGAAACGAUGUCUGCUGAACUGGAUAUCCCUGUCAAGAAACUUAAGGUGUGGUUCCAAAACAAGCGAGCACGAAGCAGAUCCCGAGUCCCAUCUCCCGACACCUUGACCUCCAUCAUGUCAUCAACACCCGCAUAUGGUUACAUGGCCCCAUAUUCCAUGAUGCCUUUCCCGUAUCCAUCAGCUCCAGUCAUGCCCAUGUACCCAGGGUAUCCAUACCCGUCCAUGUUUCCAUCACCGAUCUGCUGA